AUGUUUUGCUGCUUUUAUGUUCCCUAUUCGUAUGGUGAACUAACCGAUAGCGAUAAGGCUAUUGACGAUAUCAUAAUGUCCCACCCUACUGCCUUAAAAUUCUUUUUUUUCAGAAAACUGGCGAGGAAAUGUGGAAUUCAGGAUUCGGAUGAUGGUCGACAGGUUCCAUUUAUUCGAAUAGACGGGAAUUUUGAGCUGGCGACGAAGUUCAAUGGUCGAAUUCGCUCGGAUAUUCGAGCUCAAUUGAGGUGGAUCUAG